UGCCGAUCCUGGCGCGCCCCGAGCGGCGGCGUUGCGGGUGCUGGUCCCGGCUGUGCCGGCCCCGAUGGCGGCCGUGCCGCCGCCGGUCUACAUAUACAGCCCGGAGUACGUGGCCCUCUGCGACUCCAUCUGCAAAGUGCCCAAGCGGGCCAGCAUGGUGCAUUCACUGAUUGAAGCGUAUUGCUUACUUGACCAGAUGAAGAUAGUCAAGCCACAAGUGGCCUCCAUGGAGGAAAUGGCGAGUUUCCACACAGAUGCUUACCUGCAGCACCUGCAGAAGGUCAGUGAGGAGGGGGAUGAUGACCACCCGGAGUCUGUGGAAUAUGGACUGGGUUACGACUGUCCAGCCACUGAAGGGAUCUUUGAGUAUGCAGCAGCUGUGGGAGGAGCCACCAUCACUGCAGCCCAGUGCCUGCUGGAUGGCAAGUGCAAGGUAGCAAUUAACUGGCCUGGAGGGUGGCAUCAUGCAAAGAAGGAUGAAGCUUCUGGUUUCUGUUAUCUGAAUGACGCUGUCUUGGGUAUCUUGCGGCUGCGCCAGAAGUUUGACCGUGUCCUUUAUAUCGAUUUGGAUUUACAUCAUGGGGAUGGAGUUGAGGAUGCCUUUAGUUUCACUUCAAAAGUCAUGACUGUUUCUCUGCACAAAUUUUCACCAGGAUUUUUCCCAGGCACUGGUGAUGUGACAGAUGUUGGCUUGGGAAAAGGUCGCUAUUACAGCGUGAAUGUGCCCAUUCAAGAUGGCAUUCAGGAUGAAAAGUAUUAUCAGAUCUGUGAAUCAGUGCUGAAGGAGGUGUAUGCUGCCUUCAACCCCAAUGCAGUUGUGCUGCAGCUGGGGGCAGACACCAUUGCUGGAGACCCCAUGUGCUCUUUCAACAUGACACCCGAGGGAGUGGGCAAGUGCCUCAAGUAUGUCUUGCAGUGGCAGCUAGCAACUCUUGUCCUGGGAGGAGGAGGUUACAACCUUGCCAACACGGCUCGCUGCUGGACAUACUUGACUGGGGUCAUCCUUGGGAGAACACUCUCCUCUGAGAUCCCUGAUCAUGAGUUCUUCACGGAGUAUGGUCCUGAUUACGUGCUGGAGAUCACACCAAGCUGCAGACCAGACCGCAAUGAGCCACAGAGAAUUCAGGAAAUUCUGAACUCUAUCAAAGGUGAGGUGCCUCUUGGGUGGAAAUCCCUACAUGCCCCAUCCAGGAUGGGAUGCCUGCCUUGCUGCCCAAGCAAGGGCGGGGGUAAGCCAGAGCGCCGCUCCAGUUCCCUCCCUGUCUUGGGCACGUCGCUGGACCCCACCCGCCCGGGGCAGCCCGCGCCCCUCUGAGAGCGGCCGUGUCCUCGCAAACGCCGGAGAUGAGCUGUUUACAGUCCCUUCCCCGGGGCACGAAAGACCUCACGGUGGUCGCCAUCCUGCGCUGCUACCCCCUUCCGGGCCGAGGAGGUGCCGGCGGUGGGGACUCCGCCUGCUCCCCGCCUCUGUGGCCCCCCAGGCGGGUCCCAACCUCCGGGCCAGCUUGUGCCUGCAGAAGCUCCACGUCCAGAACCUCGCUGGACUCCGGAGAGCCGCAGAACGGUGCUCGUCGCUCGCCUGGGGCUUGGGGACGAAGCCGCGGGGAGCCUCCCCCUCCAGGCCUCUGACCCCGGCCUCACCGACCCGGGGGACAAGGUGCUCAUGCGCUGGUGGUGGAGCUUGGCCUCAACAGGGCGGACGAGCUGCCGGAGUUCUGGCUCGGUCACCACGAGCUCGAUUCCUCGUCGGACCUGCCGGCCGGCUCCUGAGGCUGGGGCGGGGGCGUUUCUGCCUCACCCCACCGGUGAGCAGCGUCCCGACUGCCCCAGGUGCCGGCGCUGCGGGCGCAGGGAACGCUCGGAACCCGGCCGAGUGUGGGAAGGAGCCGGGAGGAGGAGCUGAGGCCGCGCUGCCUGCCCCGAAACACUUAGGGGUUGCGGUGGGCCCGGCAGGCGUGGCUCUCAAGAUGCCCUCUAUGAAAAUCUGGAAGGAUCGUUGUUCCGUCGGGUAUGCCCCGUGUCCAUUUCGGCGAAGGACAUUGUGUGAGAGCAGCCCUUGGUGGAAGGAGUGUGGACGCCCCGCAGCUCCAGUGUGUCUUCUCGGCUUAUGAUGUUCCUAUCUUGUUGAAAUUAUACAACUUUCCUAAUUAAAAUUUCUAAUUAAUUGUUUUAAUCAGUCAUGAACAGUGUAAUUUUCCACCGUAGCCAACCACUUAGCAAGGUUUGUCAUAAGCUGCUAUUGUAGGGACACAGGUCGGGAAAAUUACUAUAACUUUGAAGUUUUGCUAAACCAACCUUGAUAGGCUUCAUUGACUAAACAUGGGAGAGAUAUGUUGCUGAAACUGGACACACAGAAUGCAGAAUUUGUAGACUAAAAGAACCAAGAGAUAAAGAAAUUAACAAGGAAAAUUCAGCAAUUGUCUUACCUGGGAAAAAGAUAAGAUAAUAACAAGAUUAAAAAUGUUGACUAAUUAGCAUGAGAAGCAAGAAAUCUGUAAUCAGUAGAAGAUAAAAUACUAAUUAAUGAAAAUAACUAUGUAUUUUAUAGCAAAUGAACAUUAAUUUCUUUGCUAAAGUGUAUGAUUAAUAAGAAGUUUUGAAAGCGUGCAUGUGUCGUGGGUGGAGCUCCCCCUGUGCACCCAGCAGUGUGAAUAAAGUACUGCUGCUCUCUAA